GGAAGCGCCGCCGGGAGGGCGGCAUGGCGGAGGCGGCGGCGGCCCCGCUGCUGGACAGCGUCCUCCGGGACCUCUACGACUUGGGAGAGACCCCGGGGAGGCCUCAGACGAAGCCCAGGAAGAGAAGGGGGAGCGCGGAGCGGCGGGAGGCCUCGGGCCCGGAUGGUCCCGGCACGGGCGCGGCCGCCAAGGAGCCCGGGCGCCGGCCGAAACGGAGCCGACACUUCUUCGAGGAGCUGCGGGGCGAACUGCGCAGCGUCCAGGGCCCGGCCCCGGACCCCGUGGCCCCGGGACCCCCGGAGGGCGGGAGCCGGCCGGUGCCCGUGGUCGAGUUUUGCAGCCGGAAGAAGCGGCAGCGGCCACAGCCUGAGGUGGGCGGAAAGCCCCAGGCCCCAGCGCCACAGACCAAAGCCAGCGUCCCGAAGAAAGAAGGGGGAGAGCCGGUGUUUGACCUGGAAAAGGCUCGUUUGGAGGUGCACAGGUUCGGGAUCACUAGCUAUGGGAAGUGGAAGGAGCGUGUCCUGGAGCGGGAGCGAGCCAUCAUGCUGGGGGCAAAGCCUCCCAGGCGCAAGUACGUGAACUACAAAAAGUUGCAGGAGAAGAUCAAGUUACAGAAGGCGGCUAAAGAGCAAGUCAGCAGAGCCUUCACGGAUCCGAUCCGGGGCCCAGCCACUCUACAGAAACAGCGGAAGAAAGGACAGAAGGAGAGGAAGCCCAAGAGGAAACGUGCUCCGAGCGCACCGUCCGGAGCCCAGGAGGGUCAAGUGGGGAAAUUCCGGAAUGGGAUGUUGCUCCUCAGCAGCCAGGACAUCCAGAAGAUCAAUUCUUCCCGCGUGGUCAGAUGAGGAAGGUCAGUCGGAGGGAGGGGCGGACAGAGCGCCGGGACCGUCCCUGCCACCGCGGGGGCCUCCGCCCGGCCAAGAUCCCCGACUCGGGUCAUCUACUCCAGACCGGUCUGGCCCAGCCCGGCAGAAACCACCGAGCCUGAGUGUGCCGCCACCACGGACCAGGAGAGAGAGGGAGUCUCCAGGACCAACUGAGUCUGUGCUUUGGACUGUUUCAGCCCGUGGGGCCAGGUUGACUGUUGUUAUUGUCGUAUUUAAGCACUCACUACGCGCCAAGUACUGUACUAAGCGCCGGGAGAGAUACCGGCUAAUCAGGUCAAACAGUCUCAAUCCCCACUGUACAGAAGAGGAAACUGAGGUACAGAGAAGUGAAGUGACUUGCCUCCACGGUCACACAGCGGACAAGUGGCGGAGGUGGGAUUAGACCCCGGGUCCUCCUACUCCCAGGUCCGUGCUCUGUCCCCUAGGCCGUCCUGCUUCUCUAGUACUCACGCUUGUCUUGACGGAUUCCGUUGAAAGUGUAUUAAAAGUGGGUUUCAGACGUG